UCAAUUGACCUAUCACGUAUGUUCACUUUUAUUAUAGAAAUUCUUUGAAUCGGUAUUUAUAAAAGUUACUUUACGAAAAGAACUCAUUCAAUUUUAAGAAUUUCAAAAGAACUGAGUGUGAAAUAAUACAAUCUCAGAGACAUAUAUUUCUAUAUAUAGGUAAGUAUAUCAAUAUCUGUUACAAGCCUUUGAUUUUUAUAGUAAUAAUAAUCUUCCAUUUGAACAGAGUUCAUCUUCUCCUCCAUUCUCAGGCAUCAACACUGUUUCAUCACGGCUUGAAUAAUUCUCUGGUACUCUUCUCUCCGCUUCAUUCUUUGUAUUAUGGAUGUCAACGUCUUAUUCACUAAUAUCAUAUCAUAUCAUAUUUCACAAUCUUUGUGAAUUGUUAUCUUCAGCUUCCAAUCUCUCCUGUAACUUGCAUGUGUAUUGAUAUUUUAUUUGUUUCAUCGGGAUUCAAAGCUAUGGAACUUACCCUUAUAAUCAUAUCUAAACACUGGAAUUUCAUUAUUCUUUCACUAUGUAUUGAUGUAAGGACUAAGGAGUAAGGAGCUUCAUUUGUAUUAAGAUUUUUGUGAUUAUUAGUCUUCUCUUGUUCUUUAAGAUUCCCCAAACAACUACUCCGUCUUGUGCACUAUAUUGGUUUACUUGCUUUCUAUGAUAUAUGCACUCAUAAUUAGGAAAAGUAUUGUUACUUUUUGUUUUGAUUUUUUAAUCAUUUUGUAAAGUUUUAUGAUGCUUCUAAUUUUUAUCCAUUUUGAGACUAUGAUUGUAGGUUGUGGUCUGCCAAAUCCAGUGAAGAAAAUUAGUUUGUUAAGCACUACUGCAUUUUAUAGUUAAACUGAGUGUUUGUAAACGCAUCAAAAAACAUGUAAAUGUGAAUUCAAUACGCAAGCUACAACCAAUAAACGUGGAUCCAUAAUCAUUUAAACAUGAAACCGAACACGCUCUGAAUAAUUUGGCAAUCACUGUAUUUUAUCUACUCUUAUUUGAGUGUAAGUUAUUUCUGUCUCAGGACAAAGAGUUUCAAGGGUGAUUCUUUUGGUAAGAGUUCCUAUAUUCAAACCUUCUUGUCUUGCAGCCGUUGAGAAUUUGGGGUUCUACAAGGAAAUCUUCCAAGCUUCUGGUAAUUUUGCAUGUCUGGCCCCGUGGCCAUAGUUGAUCAUUCAAAUGGAGGAGCACUUUCUUGUGCAGAGAGAACAAGAUCUGUUGACGCCAUUUCUGAAUUAGAUUUACUGGCAAACAGUGAAAUUGAUGGCUUUAGUAGUGUUGAACAACUCUUACUGUCUAACGGGGAAUCAUAUUCUGGGUCCCUUUAUGGCAAUGUUUCUGAGGGUCAUGGGAAGUACGUGUGGUUUGAUGGUUGUGUAUACGAGGGUGAGUGGAGGCGAGGGAUGAGAAGUGGACAUGGAAAAUUAAGAUGGCCUUCUGGAGCAGUGUAUGAAGGUGAAUUCUCUGGUGGCUAUAUCCAUGGUAAGGGAACAUAUAAAGGUUCUGAUAAAUUGAAGUAUAAAGGUAGGUGGAGGUUGAAUGUUAAACAUGGUUUGGGUUAUCAAGUUUAUCCUAAUGGAGAUAUCUUUGAAGGGUCUUGGAUACAAGGAACACCAGAGGGUCCUGGAAAGUAUACAUGGGCAAAUGGAAAUGUAUAUGUAGGGAAUAUGAAAGGUGGCACAAUGUGGGGAAAAGGAACUCUUACUUGGAUAAAUGGUGAUUCAUAUGAAGGAAGCUGGUUAAAUGGCAUGAUGCAUGGUUUUGGAGUUUACACUUGGAGUGAUGGAGGGUGCUAUGUUGGGACUUGGACAUUUGGUCUAAAAGAUGGCAAAGGAACCUUUUAUCCAAAAGGUAGUCGUCUUCCAUCUGUACAAGAAAUUUACCUCAAUGCCUUGAGAAAAAGAGGGUUGUUGCCAGAUUUGAGAAAACAAAACCAGGUGCGAGAUGUGAAGGUAUCAGAAAACCAAAGAUCAAGUCGUGUGCUUUCAUCUGAUAAGCUUGCAAAAGGAAACAUGUUAAAUUUGGAAGAGUCUAGGGGAAGAAAUGUGUCUCUUGAAAGGCGUUGGAGUCUUGAGGUAUCUAUUGAGAAAGUGAUUGGGUAUGAUUCAGCUUUAGGUUUGGCAGAAUCUGUACAAGAAAGUAGAGAUAAAGAAGUUGAUGCAAAGAUCCCAAUCUUGGAACGGGAGUACAUGCAAGGUGUAUUAAUAAGUGAGGUAGUGUUAAAUAAUAUGUUUUCAACAAUGUCUAGAAGGGCAAGACGACUUCAGAAAAAGCUUGUAAGGGAGAUUAAAAAACCAGGUGAAGCAAUCAUAAAAGGUCACAGGAGUUAUGAUUUGAUGCUCAAUUUGCAGCUUGGAAUAAGGUAUACUGUGGGCAAGAUUACGCCUAUACAGACGCGAGAAGUUCGAGCAUCAGAUUUUGGUCCCAAAGCAAGUUUUUGGAUGAAUUUUCCUAAACAAGGUUCUCAAUUAACACCCACUCAUGAAUCAGAGGAUUUUAAAUGGAAAGAUUAUUGCCCCAUGGUGUUCAGAAAUUUAAGAGAGUUGUUCAAGAUUGAUGCUGCUGAUUACAUGAUGUCCAUUUGUGGAAAUGAUGCUCUAAGGGAAUUAUCUUCUCCGGGGAAAAGUGGCAGUGCCUUCUUCCUGUCUCAGGAUGAUAGUUUCAUGAUCAAAACGCUGCGAAAAUCUGAAGUCAAGGUUCUUCUAAGAAUGCUUCCGGACUAUCAUCAUCAUGUGAAGUCAAAUGAAAAUACACUCAUCACAAAAAUUUUUGGCCUGCACAGGAUUAAGCCUUCAAGUGGUCAAAAGUUUCGCUUUGUUGUAAUGGGAAAUAUGUUCUGCACAGAAUUAAGGAUCCAUCGGAGAUUUGAUUUAAAAGGUUCAUCCCUUGGACGAUCAUCAGACAAGAUAGAAAUUGAUGAGAAUACCACACUCAAAGAUUUGGAUCUGAACUACAGCUUCUACUUGGAACCGUCUUGGCGGGAGUCUUUAUUUAAGCAGAUAGAAAUAGACAGCAAAUUUUUGGAAGCACAGCACAUUAUGGAUUACAGUCUUCUUCUAGGUGUUCACUAUAGAGCUCCCCAGCGUCUGCGUCCUCUCAUAUCAUACAACCAAAGUAGAAAUGUGGAUGGAUUAGCAAUGCUUGCAGAGGAAGACCCUCUGGAGGAUGAAGUAUCCUAUCCACAAGGCCUUGUUCUAGUUCCUCGUGGAGCAGAUGAUAACAGUGUUGUUGUGGGCUCACACAUGAGGGGUAGCCGCCUCCGAGCUUCAUCUGCUGGCGAUGAGGAAGUGGAUCUACUUCUACCCGGUACAGCAAGACUCCAAAUCCAGUUGGGUGUGAACAUGCCAUCAAGGGCAGAACAGAUUCCAGGAAAACAAGAAGAAGAAAUGUUCCAUGAGGUGUACGAUGUGGUACUCUACUUGGGUAUCAUCGACAUAUUGCAAGACUACAACAUGACUAAGAAGAUUGAACAUGCUUAUAAAUCUCUUCAGUUUGAUUCAUUGUCUAUCUCCGCUGUGGACCCUACGUUCUACUCUCGUCGCUUCCUCCAAUUUAUUCAGAAAGUGUUUCCACCCAAUGCAAUCACAGGUUAAUUAAAUUUUUGCGGUUUUAUUUAACCAUUAAUGCAUGCUUGGAUAAUUUAUUUUCAAUAAAUAAUUGCUUAUUUCUUAUAAUUUAAUGAUUAUUUUAAAAUAAAUAAGCGAUUGUCAUCCAAACAUGCAUUAAGUUUAUGUUGAAAGUGUGAACAUUGCCACUUCUUAUGUUAUUUGCUCCAGAAUUUCUGUAGUAGGUGACCACAUGGGUACCUUGGUGAUGGUACUGGUAGGAAUCAA